GCAUUCGUCGCUCCUCUUCUUCUUUACUUGUGCUUUCUCUCUCCUCUCCUCUCUCUCUUUCUCUCUCCUUGUGUGUUUGUGUGUGUUUUUGCUUCAUAUUGUACCGACAUGGCUCCAACCUAAUGGGGUUUCGUAGGAUUCGAUGCUGCUACUCCUUCUUCUUGUGCUUCUACCUCUAAGUCCCAAGUGAAGUGGUAUACUUUUCUGCAACAGGAUUAACUUAGAAAUCAACUUUUGGAUAAUUUUGGAGGGUGCUUAUGGCGAUGCAAACUGCUUAUCUUAAAGAACAUGAAGGAAUUGCCCACAAUUUUGUUGGGCAGUUGUCAUCUGUAACUUCAGCACCCUGGUGGAAUGCUUUUGGAUCUCAAUCCGUUUAUGGGGAGUCUUGUGGCCAAAUAAAGCCCUUUUCAUUGGAGCUGCCUUCCUGUGUAGACCAACUUGCUGCCAGUAAGCAAUCGGCAAGAGGAGCUGAACAAGUGUUGGGUAAAGGACACACAACUCAGUUUACCAUCUUUCCAGAUGAUUGUAAAAUGUCAGGUGAUGCACAAAAGCCUCAGACAACCAUAUCACUGCAGUCAUCACCUACUGAUACCUACACUCGUUUUGAGCUAGGAUUUAGUCAGCCUAUGAUCUGUGCCAAAUAUCCUUAUACGGAUCAGUUUUAUGGGCUCUUCUCAACUUAUGGACCUCAGAUUUCGGGACGUAUAAUGCUGCCACUUAACAUGACAUCUGAUGAUGGACCAAUCUACGUAAAUGCUAAGCAGUACCAUGGAAUCAUAAGACGUAGGCAGUCCCGCGCCAAAGCUGUACUUGACCAGAAAUUGACAAAACGUCGCAAGCCCUAUAUGCAUGAGUCACGCCAUCUCCAUGCAAUGCGUCGACCAAGAGGAUGCGGGGGUCGUUUCUUGAACACAAAGAGUUUUGUUAAUGGAAAUGGUAAAAGUGAAAGCAAAGUGAAAAAAUCUGGUGGUGUACAAUUGCAGUUCAGUGGCUCGCAGAGUUCUGAAGUCCUUCAAUCUGAGGUUGGAACCUUAAAUUCGUCAAAGGAGAAUGGUAGUAGUCCAAACAUUUCUGGGUCAGAGGUGACUAGCAUGUAUUCACGUGGAGGUCUUGACAGCUUUGCUGUCAAUCAUCUUGGAUCUGCUGUCCACUCUCUGGCAGACAUGUUAGAUGGUGGGCGUGGUAUCGUCAUUCCCACCAAAUGGGUUGCAGCAUCAGGGAACUGCUGCAACCUUAAUGUUUGAUUGGCAAAGAAUCAAGUGGGCUUGGUGCAAUGUUGCACCAAACCCUGUCCUUGAUGUGACCAGAUGAAGAAGCUCAGUUUCAGUUUCUUGUGUUUACUGUUACUAGUUUCGUUGUGGAGGUUAUAUCCAACAUCUGGUUUCAUGGCAAUCCAUCCUUGGCUCAUGAGUAGGCAAUUCAUCCUUGGCUCAAUGUAACCUUUAGUACUGUCUUUGUCUUUCUGCACAGGACUGUCUUUGGCAUCGUACAAGCUAAUGACUUGGUAUCCUAAUGCAGAAGACAAUUAUGUGUCUGUCUUAGUGUGAAAAUAAAAGCAUGAAAUUCUAGUUACGUGUGCUUGUAAUAAUGACUAGACGGUGUGUUUUUAUUCUGGAUUCCUGACUUUCUGGAUCAAUGUAUCAUAUAACUUUAGCCUGUGAUCUUUGUUAGAAAAAUAAAGCAGUGGUGUGGUUUUCCCC